GUCUGGUGUAGGAUCCAACAACAGCAUGGCCAUCACAGAGAGAAUAUCAGAGCCAUACGUCCUCGACCUCCAAUUUCGCGGCUUUGUCGAGGGCCUUACAUAUAUUGAUAAGAAGACCCAGCAGCGACUCUGCCAUUACCUGGGAGGCAUCCCAUACGGACUACCGCCAAUAGGCCCCUUUCGUUUCCAAAAACCAAGGCCGCUGCCCGCAUGCUACAGGUAUGGGACGAGGGCGAACCCCGGGCGGUUUACUGGCGGUUGCGGCAUGUGUCCGCAGCCGGACCCGAGCGACAACUUGGACGAGGGUGCGUGGGAUGAGGAUUGCUUGCAGACGAACGUUUGGAUACCGGUUGGAAAGCCGCCAGCGGAAGGAUGGCCCGUCCUGUUUUGGAUACGUGCGUACGGCGGCUUUCUCCAAUUCGGAUCGCCCAUGGGCCUAGACCCUUGCGCCAUGCUCUGCGAGACCAGCUGCAAAGCGAUCAUCGUCUCCCCCGGCUACCGCCUAAACAUCUUCGGCUUCCUCGCAUCGCCAGAACUCCUCGACGCAUCAUCUGACUUCGCCGUAAACGCCGGCUUCUGGGACCAGCGCCUAGCGCUCGAAUGGACGUGGCAGAACAUCAGCUAUUUCGGCGGCGACGCAUCGAACAUCACCAUCGGCGGCUACUCCGCGGGCUCGCACUCCACCUUCUACCAGCUCGCCUACGACCUCGGCGUCCCGGACACGAAGGCCAUCGUGCGGCGGGCCCUCAUGUUUUCCAACGGGCCGGGCAUGCAGCCCAAGUCGCUAGAAGACGCGCAGAUGCAAUUCGACGAGUUCACCGCAAACCUCGACAUCCCAUCCGCCAUGACACCGGCCGAGAAACUCGCCACGCUGCGCGCUCUCGACGCCAGAACGCUCCUCGAAGCCACUCUGAACAUGAAAUUCCACCAGUUCCGCGCCGUAACCGACGGCGCCUUCGUGCGCAGCGGCCUGCUCGCCGAGCUCGACACGGGCGUCUUCGCGCAGCGCAUGAAGCGCCGCGGCGUACGGCUCAUCAUGGGCGAGUGCAGCGACGAGCACUUCGUCUAUGGCACCUGGCGCACGCCCGCCAACAGCCGCGCGAGCCUCUUCCACCGCCUGCAGGCGGACUACCCGCUCAGAGCGUGCGAGGCCCUCAUGGACUACUACUUCCCCAGCGGCGAACUCCCCGCGGGCUACAACGACUGGCAAGACGCCUUUGGCCGCAUCUACGCCGACAUCCAGAUCCACCACCUGGAGCGCGGCAUGGCGAACGCGCUGGUGCAGCACGGCGCGGGCGACCUGCUCUACCGGUACCGGAUGGAGUGGCGCGCACAGUGCUGCGACAAGCAGAAGGAGCAGGUGUUGGUCCGCAAGGCGUUCCAUGAAAACCUUGCGAGGUUUUUGAAGGGGCAGGAGAUGCAGUGGGGGACGCGGCAUCCGAUGCAGCUAAGGACGCUGAAGCCGGAUGGCAGGAUUGAAAUUGAAGAGGACGGGUGGCUGGAGGAGGGACUGAGGGUUUGGGAGAUUUUGAGGAGGGUGGGUGCUACGGGGCUGCCGAGGAGCUCGCGGUUAUAA